AUGCCAAACAUCCUCAUUCUCGGUGCAACAGGCUACAUCGGUCUCGCACUCGCACAGUCUCUCCUGCGGGAUGGUACUUACACUGUCUGGGGCACAGCGCGUACAGCAGAGAAAGCCAGGUUGUUAAUGCAGCAUGAAAUCAUCCCGGUGGAGAUUACGGCCAUAGACUCAAAGAGUCUGAGUGGCAUCAUCACUGCCAACACGAUUGAUGUUGUAGUGGAUGCUAGCUCCGCAUAUGACCAAGCAGGCAACAUCCUCGCAGGCGUGUUGCAUGCCGCAAAGGCCAAACGACAGGCACUUUCUGACGAGGGGAUGGUGGGCCCUAGACUGGGCUUAGUCUACAUUUCAGGAACCUGGGUUCACGGAUCGCCCUCGUGUCGGGUUAGUGAUUUGUCUCCAGUCGGCAGUCGCCAAUCUAAGGGAAAGCCUGCCGAGGUGGCUGCAUGGAGACCAUCCCAUGAACAAGCGAUCCUGGCGACACGACAUAUACUUCACGUCGCUAUUCUUCGGCCGGGUGACAUAUACGGCCGUAGUUCGUCGGGAUUCGGCUCGUUGUGGAUGCCUUUGCAGGAUGCACUACAUUCUGGUCUUAACGAUGUAGCCUCUGGGGUACAUGCAGCCAUAGACCGCUUAGGCGGUCAAUUGGGUUCGUGGCCUGUUUUCGAUCUGCUGGCGGAGACGGUGUCCAUCACUGAAAUUAUGGAGUGUUCCAAGGAGGUGCUUGGGGUUGGUGGAUCAAUCGAAUGCUUCGCGGGCAAGAACACUGUUGGGAUGGUUGCCGAAGAGGACUGA